GUGCCCUCCUGCGGGGGCUGCGCCGUCUGGAGGGGCUGCCAGCACCCCUCUCCCUGCGGAUUCCCAGAGGCGCUGGGGCGGGGGUCCCGUGUCUCAGGCCCCAGGGCCAAGGCUCCUUCCUCCUCGCACCACCUUCCUGCUCCGGCCCCUCCCCGAGAGCAAACACCGAGGCUGACGCGCAGGGGAGAGGGCAGUGCCCCCGGGCACAGGGCCAAGGCCUCCGGCUACAUAAGGCCCGCGGCCCCCAGGGGAGCGAGCGCUUGCCCACUCCCUCCUCGCCACCGCCUGCCCGCAGUCCCCAGAUGGGUGACCCGAGCGGGUGCCGGGCGCUGGCCUGGGCCCUCCUGGCCCUGCUCUGGGUGCCGAAGGCAGGUGAGUGGACCCUCACCCCCCCUCACGGCGGGGCCUCCACGCCCCUCGCCUGGGGCUUCUCCUGCCGAGAACGGACGGGCGGGACCCCACCCGGCGUGUCCAGGGGACACUGGGGACAGGAGGACGAGGCAGCUCGUAGCCGGGAGGCGGGGGCAGCACAGGCGCCAAAGGGUUGGCCUGAGGCUCCCACUCCCCAGGGUGGCAGUGAGGAGGGUGGGGUCCCGGGAAGGGGCGUGGCUGCUUGGCCAUUUCCCCUGAGUGCCUGCCUUCACUCCGCAGCCCAGCGCACGAUCUUCCUCCCGCCCAUCACCGUCCUCCCCACCAUGAGCCCCCUGAACCCGGCGCACAACGGGCGGGUCUGCAGCACGUGGGGCGACUUCCACUACAAGACCUUCGACGGCGACGUGUUCCGCUUCCCCGGCCUCUGCAACUACGUGUUCUCGGCGCACUGCGGGGCCGCCUACGAGGACUUCAACGUCCAGCUGCGCCGCGGCCUGGCCGGCUCCCGGCCCACCAUCACCCACGUGGUCCUCAAGGCCCAGGGGCUGGUGCUGGAGCUGUGGGGAGGGUCUCCUAGAGCCGGGGCAGCCGAGGAUUCUGCCUCCACUUUGGAGUGCGCCCACGCGGGGGGGCGGCCGCAGAGCUGGAGGGGCCCUGACCUCUGCCCCCGGACGUGCCCCCUCAACAUGCAGCACCAGGAGUGCGGCUCGCCCUGCGCGGACACCUGCUCCAACCCCGAGCGCACCCAGCUCUGCGAGGACCACUGUGUGGAUGGCUGCUUCUGCCCCCCAGGCACGGUGCUCGAUGACGUAGGCCCCCACCCUGCCCUGCCAGGGGGGCGGCGCGGGGGGUGGGUGAGCUCCCCCUCACCCAGCCACUCUGCUCCUCGCCUCCGCAGCACCUGCUCGGGGGGACUGUGGCAGUGCCAGGACCUCCCGUGCCCAGGCACAUGCUCCGUCCAGGGCGGCUCCCACAUCUCCACCUACGACGAGAAACUCUACGACAUGCACGGCGACUGCAGCUACGUCCUGUCCAAGAAAUGUGCAGACAGCGGCUUCACGGUGCUGGCCGAGCUGCGGAAGUGCGGCCUGACAGACAACGAGAACUGCCUCAAGACGGUGACCCUGAGCAUGGACGGCGGGGACACGGUCAUCCAGAUCCAGGCCAGUGGUGGGGUGUUCAUGAACUCCAUCUACACCCAGCUGCCCGUGUCAGCAGCCAACAUCACCAUAUUCAGGCCCUCGACCUUCUUCAUCCUGGUGCAGACGGGCCUCGGGCUGCAGCUGGAGGUGCAGCUGGUGCCCCUCAUGCAGCUGGUCCUCAGGCUGGACCCCGCCUACCGAGGCCAGAUGUGUGGCCUCUGUGGGAACUUCAACCAGAACCAGGCGGACGACUUCCUCAGCCUGAGUGGCGUGGUGGAGGGCACGGCCGCCGCCUUCGCCAACACCUGGAAGACUCAGGCCGCCUGCCCCAACGUCAGGAACAGCUUGGAGGACCCCUGCGCCCUGAGCGUGGAGAACGGUACCCCCGCCCUGGGGGCCCUUGGGCUGCUGCCCGGUUGCCCAGCAAGCCUCACGCCUCACCCGGCCUCGGGGGCCGUGGGGCUGGGGGACCCGACCUUCCGCAUCGUCACCGAGAACAUCCCCUGCGGAACCACGGGGGUCGCCUGCUCCAAGGCCAUCAAGCUGUUCCUGGAGGUGAGGGGCUGCCAGGGACGCGCUCCCUCCCUCUGCAGCCGACGGCUCACCCUGUGGGGUCCCCAGCCCUGGGAGCCCUGGCCCGCCUGCUGCACUGUGUCAGGGCGCUGCCACACAAGCGGCCACGGCCACUUAAAACCAGAGGUUCAUCUCUGCACGGCUCUGAGGCCGGGACUCCGACGUCCCGCUCUGGAGUUUGGCAACAGCUGGAAACUCUCCCCCACCUGUCCCGACGCCCCGGCCCCCCGGGACCCCUGCACCGCCAACCCCUACCGCAAGUCCUGGGCGCAGCGGCAAUGCAGCCUCAUCAACAGCGCCCCCUUCCAGGCCUGCCGUGCUCAGGUCGACUCCACCAAGUACUAUGAGGCCUGCGUGAGCGACGCGUGCGCCUGCGACUCCGGGGGCGACUGCGAGUGUUUCUGCACCGCCGUGGCCGCCUACGCCCAGGCCUGCCGGGACGCGGGCGUGUGCGUGGCCUGGCGCACCCCGGAAGUCUGCCGCGGCGUCCAAUGCACAUACAGCCUCACGGCCUGCACGUGCACAUACGAGGGCAGGACCUACGGCUACGAGGACGUCAUCUACAACACGACCGACGGGCUCGGCGCCUGCUUGAUGGCCAUCUGCGGGAGACGCGAGGAGGUUACAGCCCGCCCCCUCCCCACAGGUCCGGUCCCCACGCUCUCCACCGUGUGCGUGCAAGAGCUGUGCCACUGGUCUGCCUGGUACGACAGCGGCCGCCCGGAGCCGGGCAUGGGAGGUGGGGACUUCGAGACGUUUGCCAACCUGAGGCAGAGGGGUCACCAGGUCUGCCCAGCGCCAGCCGGAGUCGAGUGCCGCGCGCAGCUGCUUCCAGACACGCCCCUGGAGCAGCUGGGCCAGAAGGUGGAGUGCAGCCCCCGGCUCGGGCUCAGGUGCCUCAACAGCGAGCAGGACCCUCCGCUCUGCCACAACUACGAGCUGCGGGUGCUUGGGCAGAGCUUCUUUUGCCGGUCCACCUCCCCCGUCCGGGCCACCACAGCCUUGACCUCACCGAUGACACAGACGCGGGUGGCAAGCAGCUCCGAGGUCCCCGGCACCACCUGCCAGCCCCGCUGCCAGUGGACGGAGUGGUUCGAUGAGGAUUACCCCAAGUCCGAGGAGGCUGGGGGCGACAUCGAGUCAUACGACAGGAUCAGGAGCGCGGGGGGCGACAUGUGUGAGCGGCCGCAGGACAUAGAGUGCCAGGCAGUGAACUUCCCGGACAGGAGGCCCGAGGAGCUGGGGCAGCUCGUGCACUGCGACCCCAGCUUCGGCCUGGUCUGCAGGAAUGACGAGCAGAUGGGCCUGUUCAAGAUGUGCUACAACUACCGGAUCCGCCUGCUAUGCUGCAGCCACAGCCACUGCGGGGAGCCCACCCCUGCCACCGCCAGUGCCCCCACACCACAGCCACUACCUCCUCCACUCACCACAGCCACGACUACCUCCACUGCCACCCCUGCCACCGCCCCCACUACCACAGCCACAGCCACCACCACCUCCACUGCCACUGCCACCACUGAAGCCACCAGCAGCCAGGGCACGACUGGCUGUGAGCCCAAGUGCGAGUGGACAGAAUGGUUUGACGUGGACUUCCCCACCUCGGGGGUCACGGGCGGAGACAUGGAGACCUACGACAACAUCAGGGCCGCUGGCGGCAAGAUGUGCCGGGAGCCGCAGAAGAUUGAGUGCCGGGCAGAGAGCUACCCGGAGGUGAGCCUGGACCAGGUCGGGCAGGUGGUGAGCUGCAGCCUGCAGGCCGGGCUGGUCUGCAGGAACCGGGACCAGAGGGGGCCGUUCACCAUGUGCUUCAACUACAACAUCCGUGUGCUCUGCUGCGACGGCGCCGGCCGCUGCCCCACCUCCACCGUGCCCCCGCCCGUGCCCUCCACCCAGGUGGUGCAGUGCCAGCUGGAGGAGGGCCUGGUGUGCCGCAACCGCGACCAGGGCGGCCGCUUCAAGAUGUGCUUCAACUACCAGAUCCGCGUGCUCUGCUGUGACGACUACGGCCACUGCCCCAGCACAGCCAUGCCCACCAGCACGGCCAUGCCCACCAGCACGGCCACGCCCACCAGAAUGGGGUCGCGGACUUCUGGGCCCACCGAGGUCAGCACCACAGCCACCACCCAGUCACCCCCGUCAUCCCACAGGAUCACAGAGAGUGUCCCUGCCACCCAGACGGCCGGCACCUCCCUCAUGACCACCCAGUGGCGCUCUGUCCCAAGUCCCUCUGCCUCCACAGGGACCCUGACCACAACUGCCAAGCCAGCCUCGCCCAGUGCCCCCCACGUGGCCACCUCCCCCAUUCUGACCACCCCUGGGACCCCGUCCUCCAGGCCUAUUUUAGGGACCACCCUGCCCACCAGCUCCCUGAGGCCGACCCCAGCCUCCACGACCUCCAUGACCUCCACGACCCCUGGGGCCUGCACGCCACGGUGCACGUGGACAGACUGGCUUGACGAGGACUACCCGACCCCGGUUCCCGACGGCGGGGACUUUGAGACCCUCUCGGUCCUCCCCCACGUGCCCCUGGAGCAGCUGGGCCAGGUGGUGCAGUGCCAGCUGGAGGAGGGCCUGGUGUGCCGCAACCGCGACCAGGGCGGCCGCUUCAAGAUGUGCUUCAACGACCAGAUCCGCGUGCUCUGCUGUGACGACUACAGCCACUGCCCCAGCACGGCCAUGCCCACCAGCACGGCCACGCCCACCAGCAUAGGCCAGCGGACUCCCGGGUCCAUCCAGGUCAGCACCGCAGCCACCACCCAGUCACCCCCCACAUCCCCCAAAAUCACAGAGAGUGUCCCGGCCACCCAGACGGCUCGCACCUCCCUCAGGACCACCCAGUGGCGCUCUGUCCCAAGUCCCUCUGCCUCCACAGGGACCCGGACCACAACUGCCAAGCCAGCCUCGCCCAGUGCCCCCAACGUGGCCACCUCCCCCAUUCUGACCACCCCUGGGACCCCAUCCUCCAGUCCCACCUUUGGGACCACCUUGCACACCAGCUCCCUGAGGCCAACCAUGACCUCCAUGACCUCCGAGACCUCUGUGACCUGCACACCACGGGCCACGCUGACAGACUGGCUCGACGAGGACUACCCCACGCCCGGCCACGACGGCGGGGACUUUGAGACCCUCUCGGUCCUCCGCGCUGCCGGCCACAGCUUCUGCGAGCAGCCUCAGGACAUCGAGUGCCGAGCAGAGAAGGUGCCGGACGCGAGCCUGGAGGACGUGGGCCAGGUGGUGCAGUGCGACGUGCGCUUCGGGCUGGUGUGCCGCAACCGCGACCAGGGCGGCCGCUUCAGGAUGUGCCUCAACUACCACGUGCGUCUGCUCUGCUGUGACUACAGCCACUGUGCCAGAGAGUCCACCACCAGGCCCUGGGAGACCCUGCCCAGACGCACCAGCACUGUGAUCAGCACCACCAGCGCCACCUCCAGCCCGGGGGCCAGCACCAGACCCUCCCCAUCGCCCCCCAUUCCCAUGACCACCAGCUCCCUGCCGGGCACCACCCCGGGCCCCUCUACAGCCGUCCCCACGGCUACAGGCUCCACGACUAAGGCUCUGACCUCGUCCAUCACGACCUCCAGCACCACGACCUCCGUGGCCACGCCCACUGCCUGUCAGCCUCGCUGUGCCUGGACCGACUGGCUGGACCAGAGCUACCCCAUGCCCGGCGCCUCCGGAGGGGACUUUGAGACCUACGCCAACAUGCAGGCAGCCGGCCGGCCCGUCUGCGCGCGGCCCGAGGGCCUGGAGUGCCGGGCCGAGAGGCUGCCCGACGUGCCCCUGGAGCAGCUGGGCCAGGUGGUGCAGUGCCAGCUGGAGGAGGGCCUGGUGUGCCGCAACCGCGACCAGGGCGGCCGCUUCAGGAUGUGCCUCAACUACCACGUGCGUCUGCUCUGCUGUGACUACAGCCACUGCCCCUCCACGCCCGGCACCACAGCGGUCCCCUCCCCGUCUUCAGGCGGCACCCUCACCCAAGUGACGCCCACCACCAGCGCCACCACCCUUGUGGGGCCCUCCACGGCCUCCAGCGGCACCUCCCAGGCCAGAGAGUCCACCACCAGGCCCUGGGAGACCCUGCCCAGACGCACCAGCACUGUGAUCAGCACCACCAGCGCCACCUCCAGCCCGGGCACGGCCAUGCCCACCAGCUCGGCCAUGCCCACCAGCACGGGCCUGCGGACUCCUGGGCCCACCGAGGUCAGCACCACGGCCACCACCCAGUCACCCCCGUUGUCCCCCAGGACCACAGAGAGUGUCCCGGCCACCCAGACGUCUGCCUCCACAGGGACCCUGACCACAACUGCCAAGCCAGCCUCGCCCAGUGCCCCCCACGUGGCCACCUCCCCCAUACAGACCACCCCUUGGACCCCGUCCUCCAGUCGCACCUUUGGGACCUCCCUGCCCACCAGCUCCCUGAGGCCAACCCCGACCUCCACCACCUCCACGACCUCCAUGACCUCCACGACCCCUGGGGCCUGCACGCCACGGUGCACGUGGACAGACUGGCUUGACGAGGACUACCCGACCCCGGUUCCCGACGGCGGGGACUUUGAGACCCUCUCGGUCCUCCGCGCUGCCGGCCACAGCUUCUGCGAGCAGCCUCAGGACAUCGAGUGCCGAGCAGAGAAGGUGCCGGACGCGAGCCUGGAGGACGUGGGCCAGGUGGUGCAGUGCGACGUGCGCUUCGGGCUGGUGUGCCGCAACCGCGACCAGGGCGGCCGCUUCAGGAUGUGCCUCAACUACCACGUGCGUCUGCUCUGCUGUGACUACAGCCACUGCCCCUCCACGCCCGGUACCACGGCAUUCCCCUCCCCGUCUUCAGGCGGCACCCUCACCCCAGUGAUGCCCACCACCAGGGCCACCACCCUUGUGGGGCCCUCCACGGCCUCCAGCGGCACCUCCCAGGCCAGAGAGUCCACCACCAGGCCCUGGGAGACCCUGCCCAGACGCACCAGCACUGUGAUCAGCACCACCAGCGCCACCUCCAGCCCGGGUCGCACCUUUGGGACCUCCCUGCCCACCAGCUCCCUGAGGCCAACCAUGACUUCCACCACCUCCACGACCUCCAUGACCUCCACGACCCCUGGGGCCUGCACGCCACGGUGCACGUGGACAGACUGGCUUGACGAGGACUACCCGACCCCGGUUCCCGACGGCGGGGACUUUGAGACCCUCUCGGUCCUCCGCGCUGCCGGCCACAGCUUCUGCGAGCAGCCUCAGGACAUCGAGUGCCGAGCAGAGAAGGUGCCGGACGCGAGCCUGGAGGACGUGGGCCAGGUGGUGCAGUGCGACGUGCGCUUCGGGCUGGUGUGCCGCAACCGCGACCAGGGCGGCCGCUUCAGGAUGUGCCUCAACUACCACGUGCGUCUGCUCUGCUGUGACAGCCACUGCCCGUCCUCAGCCCCGGAGACCACCACGUCCCCCUGGCUCUCCAGCACCCCUGUGCCCAGCGCCUCACCCAGCCCACCUGUCUCCACCACACCCUGCCGGUGCCGGGCGUUUGGACAGCUGUUCUCACCAGGGGACGUCGUCUACAACAGGACCGACAAGGCCGGCUGCCACUUCUACGCCAUCUGCAACCAGCACUGCGAGCUCGACCGCUUCCAGGGCGCCUGCCCCACCUCCUCGCCCCAGGUGCUCCCGACGGCGACCUGGGUGCCCCUGACUUUUCCAGCUCCUGGCUGGCAACCGACCAACCCCAUCGAGCCCUCUGCGCCCUCCCCAUGGAUGCCCGUCCACAGGGGUGCAGGGCCCAGGACUGCCUCCUCCCCUCACAGGACCCAGAGCCCGGAGAACACGGGGCUGGUGGAGGGCUGCUUCUGCCCCGACGGACAGACCCUCUUCAACUCCCACACGGACGUCUGUGUGCCCGAGUGCCCCUGCGUGGGACCAGAUGGGUUCCCCAAAUUCGUGAGUGGUUCUGCCCCCAGCCGGCCCCACCUCGCUCACCUCAGCUUGGGCGGGCGGGCGCUCUGCCAGGGCUGGUGUGGGCGCCGGGGUGUGCAUGCGUCCCUGUCGCAGGGCUGCUCGGAGAUGGGGCUGGGGGGAGGGCGAGGUCCCCCCAACAGCACCCACCUCUCCGCAGUCUGCAACACGACCACCUGCCCCCAGAGCACCCCGGCAUGUGGGCCAGGAGAGGAGCUGGCCCCCAUCCAGGAGGAGGGCGGCUGCUGCAUGACCUUCAGCUGCCGUGAGUGGGGGGUCGGUGCAACCUUCCCAGCGGCCACUCCCUGCCACACGUGCACCUGCCUGUCCGAGGACGCUCAGGGCCCCACCGUGCAGUGUGCAGAGGACAUCUGCAACACCACCUGUCCCCUGGGUUUCGAGUAUGUGACGGUGGCCGGGCAGUGCUGUGGGGAGUGCGUGCAGAAGGCCUGCCUCACGCCCGACGGCGGGCUGGUCCAGCCCAACGAGACCUGGAUCAACAGCCUGGUGGACAACUGCACCGAGUACCACUGCCAGGCCGAGCACGGGGUCCCCGUGCUGAUCCUCAGGCCGUCGCCCUGCCCAGACGUGUCCAGCUGCAUGGGCAUCCUCAGGAAAACCGGCUGCUGCUAUGUCUGCGAGGAAGUGGACUCCUGCCAGGUCCGCCUCAACAGGACGGUGCUGGAGCACCAGGGCUGCCAGGCUCCCGUCAACCUCACCUUCUGCGAGGGCUCCUGCCCAGGAGUGUCCAAGUACUCCCCGGAGGCCCAGGCCAUGCAGCGCCGCUGCUCCUGCUGCCAGGAGAUCAGGGCCCACGAGGAGGUGGUGACCCUGCAGUGCCCCGACGGGACGGCCGUCCGGCACACCUACACCCACAUCGACGAGUGCAGGUGCGACCUGCCACCAGCCUCCGGCUGCCAGGACGGUCCGACCCUGAAUCAGAAAGAGCUGAGGCCCCAGGCCAGGCAACGGCUGGAGAAAGGACGGUGA